AUUCCAAACAACCCGUAAACUACAAGGUGAGUCAGCGCCAGUCAACCUUAAAAACACGCUCUCGAGAACUUUAAAAACGUAUCACAACCCACACUUUCGAUAUUUCCAGAAACAUUUGUCCCUGCAUUGCAUUCUCAUAGUAAUAAUAGCAGUGUAGAACGUGCACAGUACCCGUUUUACAUCAACGUAGUUAGGUUAAGCAGUUGCAAUUGCUAUGGCUUUCAAUAGCAGCAUCCAAUGCAGCCCUUCUUCACAUGAGAUGAUAAAGAAAUAUGACGUGUUUGUGAGCUUCAGAGGUAAGGACACACGCAACAAUUUCACUGAUCAUUUUUUUGCUGCCCUCCAUAGGAAAGGCAUUCUUGCCUUUAGGGAUGACACCAAGCUCAACAAAGGGCAACGUAUAUUGUCCAACCUCAUGCAAGCCAUUGAAGGGUCUCAGAUUUUUGUUGUUGUCUUCUCAAAGAACUAUGCUUCCUCAACAUGGUGCUUGAGGGAACUUCAAAAGAUCCUUGAUUUCGUUAAUGUCUCCAGAAAACAUGUUCUGCCUGUUUUCUAUGAUGUUGAUCCAUCCGAGGUGCGGAAACAAACCGGAGACUAUGAGAAAGCCAUGUCCAAACAUGAAGAGAAGUCCAGAGAAGAUAAAGAGAAGAUGGAGGAAGUGAAAAGAUGGAGAGGAGCUCUCACACAAGUAGCCAAUCUCGCUGGUUGGGAUAUGAGGAAUAAGUCAGAGUAUGCUGAGAUUGAAAAAAUUGUUCAAGAAAUAAACAGUAUAUUGGGUCACGAUUUUUCAAGUCUUCCAAAUGAUCUAGUUGGAAUUCAAUCUCCUGUUGAAGAAUUAGAAAAGCCUUUGUUUGCAGACCCGAUUGGUGAUAUUCGCAUCGUAGGAAUUUGUGGCAUGGGUGGAAUAGGAAAGACAACUCUUGCUACUGUUUUGUAUCAUAGAAUUUCUCAUCAAUAUACUGCUCGUUGUUUCAUCGACGACUUAAGCAAAGUUUAUAGAGAGUCUGGUCCAACUGGGGCACUAAAGCAACUACUUUGUCAAACUCUAAAUGAAGAGAACCUUCAUAUAAGCAAUCUUUAUAACGCAGCAAAUUUGAUACGAAGUAGGCUACGUUAUGUAAAGACCCUUAUGGUUCUCGAUAAUGUUGAUGAAGUUGAACAACUAGAGAAGUUAGUUGUGGAUCGCCAAUGGUUUGGUGCAGGGAGUAGAAUCAUCAUAAUUUCUAGAAACAAGCAUAUCUUAGAAAAGUAUGGAGUGGAUGUAGUCUACAAAGUUCAACUCUUAAAUAGUACAAAUGCUCUUAAAUUGUUUUCUAAAAAGGCUUUUCAUAGUGAAGAUAUUGUGAAUGAUUACAAAAGUUUGACAAAUGAUGUGCUAGAAUAUGCUAAAGGCCUACCACUAGCAAUCAAAGUAUUGGGUUCAUUUUUGUUUGGUCGAAAUGUCUCGGAGUGGAGAAGUGCCAUAGUUAGGCUGAGAGAGAAUCCCAACAAAGAUAUUUUGGAUGUGCUUCAAAUUAGUUAUGAUGGACUACAAGAUUUGGAAAAGCAAAUAUUUCUAGAUAUCGCUUGUUUCUUCAGCGGUUACGAGGAGUUAUAUGUGAGGAAAAUUCUAAAUUGUUGUGGAUUUCAUUCAGAAAUCGGAAUAAGAGUCCUUCUUGAUAAAUCACUUAUAGACAAUUCUUAUGGAUUCAUCAAAAUGCACGAUAUGCUGAAACAUUUGGGCAGAAAAAUUGCUAAAGGUAAUUCAGCCAAAGAGCCUGAAAAGUGGAGCAGGUUAUGGCUCUACGAAGAUUUCUACAAGGUUAUGUCGGAGGCUAAGGAAUCAAAUAAUGAAGCCAUUGUUUUGGACAUGUCAAGAAAUAUGGAAGUAUUGACGACUGAUGCUGAAGCGAUGCACAAAAUGAGUCGUCUUAGGUUGCUCAUAUUCCAUGCUGUGAAGUUUAGGGGAAGCCUCAAUUUUCUUUCCAAUAAUCUGCAAUUUCUUCAGUGGCACGGAUAUCCUUUCUCCUAUUUACCAUCAAGUUUUCAGCCGACUAAAUUGGUUGAAUUGAUCUUGCCACAUAGCAACAUCAAAAAACUAUGGAAAGGCGUAAAGUAUCUGCCAAAUUUAAGAGCUUUGGAUCUCAGCAACUCCAAGAAUCUUAUCAAGGUUCCAGACUUGAGUGGGGUCCCUAAUCUUGAGUGGAUAAUUCUUGAAGGAUGCAUUAAACUUGAGAGGAUCCAUCCCUCUGUUUGUCUUUUAAGAAAACUUGCUUUCUUGAGUUUGAAAAACUGCAUAAAUCUAGUAAGUCUACCCAGCAACAUAUUGGGUCUGAGUUCCCUUGAAUAUCUAAAUAUCUCUGGCUGUCCAAAAGUAUUUAGUAACAAGCUGUUAGUUCAACCAAAACAUGAGGAGCAUUUUCAGAUGGCUGAUAUGAGGGAAAAUUCCAUGCAAUAUUCCCAUUCAACAUCCUCUUCGAUCGUCAAGAAACUUGUGUUUCCGUUCCAUUUCUCUAAAGGGUAUAAAAAUUCAGCUGGUUAUUUGUUGCCAUCCUUGCCUAGCUUCUGUUGUUUGCAUGACCUUGAUCUAAGUUUCUGUAAUCUAAGCCAAAUCCCUGAUGCUAUUGGGUGCAUGCAUUCUUUAGAAACCUUAAAUUUAGGGGGAAACUAUUUUGUUAGCCUCCCUUCUAGCAUCAAAAAGCUUUCCAAACUUGUACAUUUAAACUUGCAGCAUUGUAAGCAAUUGAGAUACUUGCCUGAGAUGACAUCACCUACAGCCUUGCCAGUAAUAAGAGGAAUCUACUCUUUUGCUCAUUAUGGAAGAGGGUUAGUUUUUUUCAAUUGUCCUGAAAUUGUUGAUAUUGAACGUUGUCGUGGCAUGACUUUUGCAUGGCUGAUACAAGUCCUUCAGGUGAGCCAAGAAUCAGCUACCCCUAUUGGUUGGAUUGAUAUUGUUAUACCUGGAAAUCAAAUACCAAGAUGGUUCAACAAUCUAAGUGUUGAUACUUCAAUAAGCCUAGACCCAUCUCCCCUUCUGCAUGACAAUAACUGGAUUGGCAUUGCAUGUAGCGUGGUAUUUGUGGUAUUUGAUGAUCCAAAUACAUUGAAUUUUAAAUUUAAAUCCUCUAUAGGCAUUGGUUUUGAAACUAGAUCUUAUUCCGAUCAUCUCUCUAUCCCAGUACUUCUUGAUAGGGAUCUAGUAACGAUCGGAUUGCAUCACUUGUGGCUACUCUAUUUGACUAAGGAUGAAUUAUUUUCUUUCUUUGAAAUAGAAAAAAUGAGUGAUCUAUACGGCACCAAAAUGCGAACCAAUAUCUGGCAAUCCCAAGGUUUGCGCUUGGAGGUGAGCAGUUGCGGAUAUCAAUGGGUAUUUAAGGAGGAUCUUGACAAACUAAACCCAACAAUGAUGCGUAGAGGAUACAACAACAUUCAAGUUGAUGAUAAUUUUGUGAAAGGGGGUUCAAUCCUUUGUUUAGAAGAUGGAAUAUAAUCAGGAUCAUAGCUUCCAUCAUGUUCUAUAAUGUGAGAUGAAAUGCUCAUGAUAUAUCUUUCUUUUCAAUUUGUUGGCUGUGUCUGAUAGUUGUUUCUGCACUUUCCCACAUUUAGUUUCUUACACUUCUAUGUACAAGGCUAUCACUGAGGUGAUUUUCCCUGAACUAUAUAUAGCUUUUACCCAUUCACAAUUCAAUAUGGCCUUGCAUGA